AUGACCGAUCUCGGCGAGCUGCACCACUUCCUCGGCAUCACCACGCACCGCACCAGCUCCGGGCUUUUCCUCUCGCAGCAGCAGUACGCCCUCGAGAUACUCGAUCGCGCCGCCAUGCUCAAUUGCAAGCCCGUCGCCACGCCAGCCGACACCAAAAACAAGCUCUUGUCGCUCGCCGGCGCUCCCAUCUCCGACCGCGCGCUGUAUCAGAGUUUGGCUGGCGCCUUGCAAUACCAGACACUGACGCAGCCGGACCUCGCCUAUGCCGUGCAGCAAUUAUGCUUGUUCAUGCAUGAUCUGCGUGAGGCACAUUUCACUCUUCUCAAGCGCGUGUUGCGGUACGUGCGCGGCUCCGCUCACCUCGGGCUUCACCUACGACGCGGCAGCAGCGGCACCAACCUCGUGGCUUACUCCGACGCCGACUGGGCAGGAUGCCCGGACACACGGCGCUCUACGUGA